AUGACGUCCCAUAAUACGACUGGUAGAACCAGCGGUAAUCGUCGAUUGUCUGCAUCGUUCCGUUAUGUUGACGGGAGGAGAUUUCACAAUGUCAAAGGCUCCAGUUAUCCAUUACCAAACGAUGAACUUGAAGUUAUCAGGAUGGACGCUCAGCACGAACUUAUGCGAGGUGUAUGGGAUGGAGAUUUCGUGUCUCCAAUUAAGGACGACUUGAUCGCCGGAGGCUUACACGUCUUGGAUGUAGGCUGUGGAAGUGGCACAUGGCUAUUGCAACUCGCCCGGGAUUAUCCUUUGAAUCACUACACCGGUAUUGAUAUGUCACCGGUGUUUCCCAAAAACAUCGAGCUGCCAAAUGUAAAAUUUAUUCAGGCCAAUGUAUUGCAAAGAAUGCCUUUCGACGCAAAUUCAUUUGACUUCGUGCACAUAAGAUUUCUCAACACGGCAUUUACCGAACGACAAUGGGAAGAAACAGUUAUCCCCGAUUUGACCAGAGUCACAAAACCUAAGGGAUGGUUGGAAUUAUGUGAAUUCGAUAUCGACGGUCAGUCCUUUGGCCCCGCUUCUCGACGAAUGGUUUCUGCUUUAACAAGUUAUCUCGGAUCGAAAGGAAUCAACGGUUUGAUCAGUGAAGAAAUUUUGGAAUUUUUGGAAUCGAUGGAAACCUUUGAAGUAAUUCGCACGGAAGAAAAAUUUUCUGGUCUGGGAAAAUGGGCAGGGCACUUGGGUGACUUGGCCAUAAAAUCUUUUAUCGCCGCAUUUCGCGGCAUGAAGGAAUUACCCGGGUGGAUGGGCAUAGAAGAAGAGGAGUAUAACGAGAUGGUAGACAAAUAUGCUCAAGAAGUAGAAAAUCGAGGAGCCAAAGGCAUUAGGAGCAAUACAAGUUUUUGGCGACUAAUGAGGCCACAAAGGCUCGGUUGGCCCUGCUCUCCAGGAAGCCCAGAUGAUGGGCGAGCGACAGCCGAAGUUGACAUCCGCGAAGCAGAAAUUUUGCUGAUAUGCAACGAAGACUUUCGUUUAGCUGCUAGUAUAGUGGCCAUCCUAAGAGACAAGGGUGCCCGAUCCCGGGAUGUUGGGAAUCUCAAAACCACUUCGAGUGGAGCAUCUCUAGUAAGAAACUUUUCGAAGAAAAUUCCCAGCUUUCCAUCGAUUGACUCCUUGAUUCAUUCAUCUUCACCACUUUCCUCAGAUGCGACAAUAGUGAUCAGUAUGUUUUAUAAUAAUUUUGACAAACAAGAGAUGCUACUAAAUGCCUGCAUAAGACAAAAUGUGGAAUUAUUUCUUGGAUGGGACGCAGGAAUGGAGCUGAAACAGUUUGAUGGUAUUUGGCGUGAACCUG